AUGAAAGCAAAACUGUCUAUUGAUCACAGAGGCAAAUUUUAUCAGGAUUUCUAUCGAAUUAUUGUUCAGAAUGAACAAUACGACGAUUGGCGGCAUGUUUUAUCCAAGGUUGAUGCCGGUGAAAAUCACCUGGCUUUACUUUCAACUGCCGCUGAUGGCAAUUUCAUGCAGUCCAUCAAUAUGUCAAUGAAUGAAUUUAGCUUUGAUUUUACGGAACGGCGUCUUGAAACACUUGGCCAGCAGGUAUCCGUGCUGAUCGCUCUAAUGUUCACUUUGGUACUUUCUCUGAUCAGCUAUCAUUUCAUCGCAGCAUUGGCAAUCUUACACCUUUGCCAUGAGCGCAACUGA